AUGGCGGAAAUCGGAGCGAAACGGAGGGUUCUGAGAUGGAUUUCGAUGGUAUCGUGGAGCGUUCUUGUAGCAUCAAUGCUUGCUUCAGCCGAAAGAGCCUUGAAAUUACAGCAAGCGUCAACCGAAACGCCAGCCGUGGAAGCGUCGGGAUCGGACUAUCUUACGCAAUUCGUGAAUUUCUUGUGGCAGUCGGAUCGAUCAUCUGGUUACCGACACGUUUGGCCUGAACUGAAAUUCGAUUUCAGAAUUGUUUUGGCUACCAUAAUUGGAUUCUUUGGAGCGGCAUUUGGGAGUGUUGGUGGUGUUGGUGGCGGUGGAAUAUUUGUUCCUAUGCUUACCCUAAUAAUUGGGUUUGAUGCAAAAUCAGCAACUGCAAUAUCUAAAUGUAUGAUCAUGGGUGCAGCAGCCUCAACUGUUUAUUACAAUCUUAAGCUACGGCAUCCUACACUUGACAUGCCAAUCAUUGACUAUGACUUGGCAUUGCUUGUUCAACCAAUGCUCAUGCUUGGUAUUAGCAUUGGUGUUGCUUUCAAUGUGAUUUUUGCUGACUGGAUGGUUACAGUUCUGCUAAUUGUUCUCUUCGUAGGCACAUCAACCAAGGCCUUCUUCAGAGGUGUUGAUACAUGGAAGAAAGAAACCAUUAUGAAAAAGGAGGCUGCCAAGCAUUUGGAGACGACGGCUAAUAGUCAAGAAGGAGCAGAAUACAAGCCCCUUUCUGGUGGCCCGAGCAAUGACACCCAAAAGGAGACCAAGGACAUCGAGGUCAGCAUAAUUGAGAAUGUUUGCUGGAAGGAACUUGGGCUUCUUGUUUUCGUUUGGGUUGCAUUCCUAGCAUUGCAGAUCAUCAAGAAUUAUACAACCACUUGUUCAAUGGCAUACUGGGUCUUGAACUUAUUACAGAUCCCCGUUUCUGUUGGGGUAACUUUGUACGAGGCAAUUAAUCUGUACAAGGGGAGGAGAGUAAUUGCAUCGAAAGGGGAUGAUGGCUCUAAUUGGAAAGUGCACCAGCUGUUAUUGUACUGCUCUAGUGGUGUGCUAGCUGGUAUAGUCGGUGGGCUGCUUGGUUUAGGAGGAGGAUUCAUUAUGGGCCCAUUGUUUUUAGAGCUGGGAGUCCCUCCUCAGGUUUCAAGUGCCACAGCCACCUUUGCAAUGACUUUCUCCUCUUCAAUGUCUGUUGUAGAAUACUAUCUUCUAAAACGUUUUCCAGUACCCUAUGCUCUCUACCUUAUUGCCGUGGCAACUGUCGCUGCUUUUAUUGGGCAACAUGUUGUAAGAAAACUGAUCAUCAUACUGGGAAGAGCAUCUUUAAUCAUCUUCAUUCUAGCUUUCAUGAUCUUUGUGAGCGCAAUCUCCCUAGGUGGGGUUGGUAUAUCUAACAUGAUUGGGAAGAUUGAGCGACAUGAAUACAUGGGUUUCGAGAACCUCUGCAAGGAUGCUUAGUUUGUCAUCGUCCCUCUUCCUUGCACCGUUAGCUUCUGCUAUUCUUCACAGGGUAGGAUGAAUGAUAGCUAUGACCUACUGAAAAUUCAGUAUGAUUGCUGUCAUUUGCUAAUAGAGUCUUUUCCGUAAGAACAAAAAAUGUUCUAUUUUCCUCCGGAGCCAGCUGUAGGCAAGGUAUAAGAUUUAUGCUAAUUGUCUUGCCUGUUUCAAUGGUCUCUCUUUUCUUUGGUUCUCACAUUUAUGUAAUGAAUACACCGCUGGGUGCUGGUCCUGCUGAACUUUGAGUUCGGAAACUCAAUAGUGACAAUAGCAUUUGUACGUUUGAUGAGAAGACCGGAGGAUCAGUUGUCACUAAGACAGUGAAGAAGUCGCUUUUUUUUUCACGGCAACGCCAAAUAAGGGGGAAGUUUCUCUUGUAUUGUUCUUUUGCUUUUUCUCCUCCCUUUGUAGGGUAUUUUCCUCCUUUCAUGUAGCUUUUGCACCUCUCCGGGGUUGUGUGCCUUCAAGGUUUCAUUUGUGCUCAUUUUUAUUGAUUUGUGCUACGUUGGGGUCUCGAGACUCUGUGCUGCCUAUUUCUUCAUUGGCACUGCACUCUAAUUUUACUACAGAUCUGGUUCCCUGUUUGUGCAAA